CUAGAACCAGGCCUGUCCAGCCGAGUCACAGUGAAGCAGUAAAUUCUUCUAAUAAUCAAAAUGGUUCACUUCAGUGUGAAGGGCGUCAUAGCGCCAGUGUUCACACCAGUAGACAACCGGGGGCAAAUGAACUUGACUGUCAUACCUGAAUAUGCAAAGCACUUGAGCGAAAAUGGCGUUGAUGGUUUAGUAGUGGGUGGCACAUCAGGGCAGGCAAUGUGUUUGUCUGUUGAGGAGAGACAGAACCUGCUGGAGUGUUGGAUUAAAGCGGCCAGACCUCUCGGCUUGAAGGUCAUGGCACAAGUGGGCGGGGCACCCAUGCCAGAUGUUUUGGCGCUUGCAAAGCACGUAGAGCUGGUAAAAGCUGAUGGUAUGAUGACCCUCCCGGAGCUGUACUUCAAGCCGAGGACACCGAUACAGCUGGUGGACUACCUGGAGGAAGUGUCCGCAGCGGCACCCUCGACGCCUCUCAUCUACUACCACUUCCCCGCUAUGAGCGGCGUUGACAUGAACAUCCCGGAGCUUUACAAAGAAGCUGUGAGGCGAAUUCCCAACUUCAAAGGUUUCAAGGCAGACCUCAAUGUAGCCAUUCAGCUGGAGGAACUUCUGGCCCCCGACCACAGGGUGUUCAUUGCAAACCACUUGCUCGCCCCGUCAGUGCUGAUGGGCCACGAGUCGAGUAUCGCGACGGUGACUAACAUUUUCCCGUCGCUGGUCCGAGACCUGGUAUCCGGUGCACGCGGCGAUAUCGUACCCACCUCGUUGUUGCGCAAGCAGGCCAAGCUAAAUAAGUUAGUGGCUGCCAUCACGCAGCAAGGGAAAUGGGAUUUUGUACCAAGCAUGAAAACAGCUAUGGAGCUGACCACCGGCAUAAGUGUGGGUCCUCCGCGGAGACCUCUCAAACCUUUGGAUCAACACCAGAAGGAUACCAUGAAGGCUCGCUUAAACCAAAUUAUCCAACAACUGUAGUUGUAUUUUUUCUAUAGAUUUAAAUAUUAAAUAUAGCUACUAUUGAUCCUAUACCAAUUAAUAUUGUAAUCCUACUAAUCUCAGAUUACAGAACAUAAGUCAGAUGGAGCGCACGGAACACGCAAUGCGUGGCACCAUAGCAAAUACAAAGUCAAAAGCUACAAUCAAUUUCACGUCAGUACACCACAGUACAUUUGUUUUGGUUACCCGACACCGUCUACCAGCGGUAAAUCCUAGUGUGCCCGAAUUCAAUUAAUUUCUUUCGUGUACCCGAAUACGGGCUAUCGACCAAAUGUAAUUGACCCAUUAGGUUACAACCAUCGAUUUAGUUAAAUUUAUGCUUUUACCUAACACACUUAAAAUUGUAUUGCGA